UAAUUGGCAAAAUAUUGUGCCAUCGAUGCAUAUAAGAUAAUACUGGGUCAACUCGUGGGGCGGCGAGUAGAGUUGAGUGAGCCAAUAUAUCCAUUGCUUCACAAGAACAGAGCAAAAACGGGGGAAAUGGAAGUGAUCAAAAUUAUUACCCAAGAGUUGAUCGUGCCUUGUUCGCCGACCGCGCAACACCUCCGCACCUACAAGCUCUCUGUUUUCGAUCAGCUCGUUAUCCCACCCUAUGCUUCAAUCAUCCUCUUCUACCCUUCAAACUCCGAACCGAACUCUCCUAUAGAUGUCCCGCAGAAAAUAGACCUUUUGAAGAGAUCUCUUUCCCAGAUCCUGGGUCGCUUCUACCCACUCGCCGGGAGGAUUCAGGAUGGUUCCUCCGUCGAAUGUGACGACAAGGGAGCCCGUUUCAUCCAGGCUACUGUUGGCAUGUCCUUAACUCAAUUCCUUACCGACCCAGACCUCAUUUUGCUAAACGAAUUGUUUCCAUCUGAACCUGAAUCUCCUCAAGUGGCUCGCGCUGCAAAUAUUCAAGUGAAUGUAUUCCAGUGUGGUGGGAUCGCUGUUGCGCUAAGCAAUACACACAAACUCCAUGAUGGAGCCGCGCUAGCCAUGUUCUUGAAGGUGUGGGCUGCGAUCGCCCAGGGAGGAGGAUGCGGCGGCACUACGGCACCUUAUGACCACCUCAUGCUGCAGGCAGCGGAGCUAUUCCCUGCUAAAGAAAUCCCGCAACUGAGAGACCUUGCACUCACCGGGUAUGGCUCCAUCAUCAGAACUGGAAACAACAUCACAAAGAGGUUUCUCUUUAGCAGGCCUGCAAUCGAGGCCCUCAAGGCCAGAGGAAGUGGCCCCACCGUGAAGUACCCGACUCGGGUUGAGGCGGUCUCCAGCUUCUUGUGGAAGUGUGUUAUGGCGGCAUUAGAGAGAAAGAACAAUGGUCUCAAAAGACCUUCAGUCUGCAGACAUUUGGUGAAUAUCCGCAGAAGGAUGGAUCCUCCAUUAUCAGAAUUCUCCCUUGGAGGCCUUCUUUGGCGGGCCAUUGCACAUUGCAAGAACACUACUGACUCUGAUCGUACCGAUGCUAUCUUGCCUUCUCUAGUAGGUGAACUGAGGAGAGCAGUAGCUAAGAUAGAUAGUGACUUCAUCUCGAGACUUAGACACGAAAAGAACCUGAUAAGUAGCUACGCCGAAGAGAUUAGCGGAGUGGGGUCGUCUAAAGAUGGGGUGGACAUAUUUACGUGUUCGAGUUGGUGUAAGCUCGGGUUUUAUGAUGCCGAUUUCGGAUGGGGUAGGCCCAUCUAUGUUUGUAGCGCUAGGUUUUCCCAGGAUGUGUUCUUCAACUACAUAAAUUUGGUCGAAACUAGAUCUGGUGAUGGAAUAGAGGCAUGGGUUACUUUGGAUGAACAGGAGAUGGCUUCGUUGGAAUUAGAUCCCGAGCUCUGGGCAUUUGCUUCCCUUAACCCUAAUCCUCUGAUCUUUAACAGUUGAGCUACGAGUCUUUAAUGAUAUCGCUUUCACAAUGGUCGCAGUUGGGCUACGAGUCUUUAGAUAAGGUACCACAUUUGCAAUGUGUUUAUUUUGUGUUUCCGUUGUGUUUACAUUGUCGUGGUUAGUACUCUACUCUUCCUAUCAAAACUUAUUGCUUGCCAGAAA